AAGAACUUUGUAGGAAUUAUAACAACAUACCAUUAAAAUAUCACCUUUAAUUUAAUCCUUUUUUGUUUCUCUGUGGUUAAUACUCUUUGCUGUUGAUGGUGCCUGGUGUAUCCUGGUGUUACAGCCCCCAGUUGUCCGCUCUGCCCUUCUGUGGGAGGUUGUUGUUCAGCAUAAGGGCGAGCAAAGAACAUAUGUCUGUGCUUCAGCUGCUGCCAGACAAGGCCAACAGCAUAGCUGAGACCCACCUUUGAUGGCCCUGCACACUAAGACUUUGGUUGUUGAAGCAGAGCACGCCUCCCUUCUGCCACCUCGCCUUCCUGUAAGGACAGCUGGAAAUAGUCAAGCCUUCAACAGCUGCAACAAGAUCCUCCAAAGCUCUUGUGUUAAAGCCCUGGAAGAAGGAACUUUGGAAAAUGCAAAGGGGGUCACGGGCACACAAUUGUCAGUGGUGUCUGUUGGGUUUAGGUGCCUUAAUUYGUUUUUAUGGUAGCAUCAUUUUAGAUGAGAGUUCUGUAGUCCUGGGGAUUUUUUGAGGAGAUUGGAGCUUUCCUGGGCAGAAAACAUCUUAUGGCUUGGACCAUAAAAGGAACUGAUACUCCCUAAGGGAAGCGGGACUCUUGAACUGAAGAAGUUGGCAGGUUAGGAUCUGGCUAUGGGAGCACGGUUUCUGCUGAAGGCAUCUGCAUGGGUUAAGAAGCACAAGACCCCUCUCUUGGCAGUUUCUUGCAUGGGACUAUUUGGUGCUAACCUUUCCUACCAUGUGUUUCCUGAGCAGACGUUCAAACUGUUGCAUGAGUGCUGGUCAGAUGGACAACCAGCUAAGCUUUCCCAGAGACUCCAGGACGUCUUUCACGAUGUCCUUCAAGAUACUCAUGUGAAAUCCACAAACUCCUACCAGGCCUUUGCAGCUUCUGGCUUCCACCCAGUGAGUGCUGGAAUCCCGUGGCUCCCUGCGGGCUCUUUGGUGGGCCUGCCUCCUAAUUUUGAUAGCACAGCUGAGGAUAAAAAGGGAAUAGUCAACCACGUGGUGGUGAUCAAUGGCAAGCAAGUAGACUGGGAGAGCAGAGAAGGUGUUGCUUUGAGGGAGGCUCUGACAUUUUCACCCGAAGCUCAGAAAUUUGCUAUUGCCAGAGAAGUUGUGUAUUUGCGGAAUGGCAGCCCUUUGGUAAAUGCAGCUGUGGCUCCAGCUUGCUUAGCUGGUACAUAUUUCGGUGGGAUAGCUGUAAAGAUAGUUCUGGGUUUAAAUCCUGGCCCCCUGAUAUUUCGCAGCGUCUGUAACCUCCUAGUUGCUACCACUGGACUAAUUUGCUAUUAUGUUUCUUCUGAUGCUGUGACCCAUUACUUAGACUGCAAGGCUGACAGAAAAGCAGCUACCAUUUCCAAAGACUAUGCCAGGGGUGGGGUGGAAUUUUAUGACAGGAUCUUGUCCCGCAACAGGAUUCUUCGUACCCUGAUGGGCAAACAAGGAGUAAAAGUUUAUGCCCCUAGUGGUAACCUUUUCCCAAGACACUGGUUCAGAAUGAAGUAUACCCCAUACACGUACCGAAGAGAUUUGAUUGUUAAUAUUUUAAGAGAUCUCAAGGCAUAGGAAGAAGCAAUUGAAUCUUUAACUUGUGAAUUAUGUAUUCUUUUGGAACAGUGCUGCACUGCCUUUUUUUUUUUUCUCCUGUAUCUUCAUUAGAAUUUGGGGUUUUUUUUGCAUAUGGUUUAGAAAGAGCUAUCGCACAUUCUGUGAAUAAAGAAUUCUCUCUUGAAAUAUUGAAGACUUACUUCAGAAGUCCUCUAUUCUGUGUGCAUCUUAAAUUACAAAGCCUUUCUGAAAGAACUUCA